UUUAAAUCUGUUUUGACCGUUGCUUUCUCUCUCCCAACGUCUCUCUAUCUCUUUCUCUCUCACACAGUCACACACUUCCCACUGAUCAAACUCCACUUUGGUUCAUCUUCAUCUUAAUUUUACUUCACAUUAUUCUCAUCUUCAAUUUUACCAGUUAGCUGGUUUCCAUAUGAAUCUGGUGACCAUAUUAAGACGACUUGAUCUCCUUUCCUCUUUUGAUUCAAGCCUGAAGAAUUCUUAGACUCUAAGAGUAGUAGAGAGAGAGAGAUAAAGCUAUAUAUUCUGAGAGAAAUGGGAUGUUCUUCAUCCAAGUUGGAUGAUGAAGAGGCCGUUCAACUUUGUAAAGAUCGAAGGAAGUUCAUUAAACAAGCAGUGGAACAGAGAAUGCGAUUUGCUUCCGGACAUAUGGCUUAUGUUCUUGCCAUGGAAAGAGUUUCUGCAGCCCUUAAAGAUUAUGUUGAAGUCGAUGAGCCUCGCGAGUUUUUAUUGGAUUCGUUUAAAACUCCACCACCCUUUACUCCUAUUAAGAAAGUAAGUCCUGGUUUUAUCUCCAUAGAACCAAAAUCCUUUUCCAUAACACCCUUGAAGUCUGAACCCAAAACCAAAUCCUCUAUAAAAAUUAAUUAUCUUAGGUCAGGUGGGAACCCUGCUGUUUCUGUCGAAGAAAGACCUCAUUCACCCGAAACAGUCAGAAUUCAGGCUUACUCCCCGGUUCAUCAAUAUGGUAUGGAUAGUUUCUUUUCUAUGCAAUCCUCACCAAUGAACUCGUCGUUUUUUCAGUAUUCCCCCAACAAUAGGCCUAACUUUCCUCCCCCUUCGCCACAAACAUCACAAUGGGAUUUUUUCUGGAACCCAUUUUCUUCAUUAGAUUAUUAUGGUUAUCCUAUGAGAAACAGUAUUGAGCAGACAAUUCUCGACGAUGACAAUGAUGGGCUAAGGCAAGUUAGAGAGCAAGAAGGAAUUCCUGAAUUAGAAGAGGAAACGGAGGUAGAAGAAACUGAUCAUGGAGAGGAUGUGAAAGAGGAGAGGACCAAAAUCCCUCACAAUUUUGAUAAAGAUGAAGUUGUGGUGGAAGACGUCGACGACGACGACGAUGAUGAUGAUAGCAAUGAGGAAGAAACGGAUGAUGAACAUGAAAAUGUUCCCCAUAUUCAUGAAUUACUAUCUAAACCCAACCAAACCACAACAGUCGCAAAGGCACAGAAUGUAGGCCAACUCAGCAAUAAAGAGACAGCAGUUGCCAAUCCUGAAGCAAAAGAGGAAACACCUGGAUUCACUGUUUAUGUGAAUAGAAGGCCUACAAGUAUGUCGGAAGUUAUUAAGGAACUUGAAAGUCAGUUUAUGAUUGCUUGUACUUCUGCUAAAGAGGUGUCAGCUGUGUUAGAGGCUAUCAGGGCUCAGUACUCAUUGCAGUCGAAUGAUCUGUCACCCAUGAAAAUGUUGAAUCCAGUAGCUCUAUUUCGCUCGGGGUCAUCAAGAUCAUCCUCUUCAAGAUUUUUGAUUAAUCCUUCAACUUUAAGAGAUGAGGGUUAUCAGAGCAGUAGUGAUGUGUCUGAUGAAUCCAACAUGUUCUCAAGCAGUCAUCAAUCAACCUUAGACAGAUUAUAUGCUUGGGAGAAAAAACUAUAUGAUGAAGUCAGGGCAGGUGAGCGUGUCCGGCUAGCAUAUGAGAAAAAGUUGGCACAACUCAGAAAUCAAGAUGUGAAUGGAGCAGAUCCGUCAUCUUUGGAUAAAACAAGAACAGUCAUUAGGAAUCUGGAUACUCAGAUAAAGGUUUCAAUCCACUCUGUUGAAUCUAUUUCAAGAAGGAUUGAAACUUUAAGGGAUGAAGAACUGCAGCCUCAGCUUUUAGAAUUAGUGCAAGGGUUAGGAAGAAUGUGGAAGGUUAUGGCGGAGUGCCACCAAAUGCAGAAGCAUACUCUAGAUGAAGCCAAGCUCUUACUCGCUGGAACACCUUCAAAGAAGUCCGGCAUGAGGAAGUACACAGUCAUGUCACCUUCUGAGGCUCAUAGGCUAGCCCGUUCUGCUGCUAACCUUGAGAUGGAGCUCAGAAACUGGAGAGCCUGUUUCGAGUCAUGGAUCGUUUCUCAACGAUCAUACUUGCAUGCUUUAGCAGGCUGGCUUUUACGAUGUGCUCGUUCAGAUUCUGACACAUCAAAAUCACCCUUGUCCCCUCCUCGUUCCACGGGAGCUCCACCAAUUUUCAGCAUUUGCAUCCAAUGGUCCAGAUUAUUGGACUCCAUCCGGGAGGCAACAGUACUUGAAGGACUAGAUUUUUUCGCAGCAGGAGUAGGCUCACUCUAUGCGCAACAACUAAAGGAAGAUUCCCGCCGGAGUCCUGGUGGGUCAAAGAGUCUUGGCGGGGAAUCUUUUGGGAGUAUGGAGAUCGUGGAAGCUGGGCAACAUGACGAGGAAAUAAUGACAGCAGAAAAGAUGGCAGAGAUUGCCGUUAGAGUGCUAUGUGCCGGAAUGUCAGUUGCUGUGAGCUCACUGACAGAGUUUGCCGUAGCUUCAGCUGAUGGAUAUGCUGAUUUGCUAAAGAACUAUGAGAAUACCAAGCAGCCACAACAGCAUUUGAAUCAAAAUGCGGUGUAAUUUUAUGUUAAAACAUUAGGUUAGGUAGGAAGGAAUGCAAUGUAAAUUACAUAUUUGAGUAGUUUAAGUCAUAUAGAGGAGCCUUAAUAUAUAUUUGUAUUCAAUCUGAGCUUCUGAUUAUGCAGAAAGUGAAAGUAGUUUUCUUUUA